UGGUUAAAUAUUUACUUGAUUUGUUUCAAAAUAGUUUUGUAUCAUUAAUAAGACAAAGGCUUAAGGUACUAAAUAUUGAAUCAGAUGACGAUUCUGUGUUGAACCAAAUAUUAACAUUUUCCUCAAUUUAUGACAGAGUGUCCCAAUUAUUUGCAACAGAUCAUCUUAAAAUGUUAUAUAUGCUAAAUAACCUUGAAUUUGUUCCACCAAAAGAACUUGACAUGCCAGCUAAUGAACUUCACCAGUUUAAUGAAAGUGUUGAUGGUUCUAACAAUGAAAUAAGCAGUGAAAUAUUGUCGCCACCUCUUAUAACAAACACAGUUUUUUUUAUUUGAAUUAAAACACUAAACAAAUUGGAAAUGCCUCUUUUCAAGAUAUGGUCAGGUGAUCGCUUAGUAAAAAAGGCAAUUAUUGCUGAAAACUUUGAUAUGCUGGUUGUAAAGGUGUUAGAGAAAUUCCAGUUUUCCCCAGCUAAAAUUGUUUUAAAUAUUGAUGGAACAGAAAUAGAAGAGACUGAUGUUUUACUCAGUCUUUCGGGUGAAGUGCUACUCGCUCUUCGUGAUGGUGAAGAUUGGGAAUUGUGUAGUUCUGUAGCUGCAACAACGUCUCCUGAUACUUUGCCAAUGUUUCCAUCACCACUUUUACUGUUACAAGAAGAUCAAUCUAGUAGCACUGAGCAUAUGCCUGGAUUACAACAAUUCCCAAUAGUAUACUGUUUGCCCAAGCUUCCAAAGUCCUUAAAAGCAGCACUGGAGAAAGCCAGCUCUAAAGCAGAUCUAGAUAUGUCCAGUGAGCGGCAGUUAAUUAGAGUUGUUUAUGACGAUCUUCUGCAAUAUUCAUUGUAUCCAACUUCUCAGAUGUAUCAGGCAGUGUGUCAAGCUAUUGUGCAAACCUAUCCAAAGUUACAAGAUAAAAUUGUAUUUUUACGUCAAAAAAAAUCAAAGCCAUACGCAACUUGGCUAGACAGCUUAAAAACAAGAUUUAAGUCUGAAAGGGCAAAAAUGCAUAAUUUGUCAUUAGUACAAGAGCACAAAAAGUUUGGUUCAAAGCUGAAAAGAAAAUAA